GGGGUUGACCGGGCGUCUUGUGGGUGAGCUACCGGCCCAUCUCUCACACGCUCAAUAGCGUUGAAUUCUUUAAUAAAAUCAUGCACCUUUGAUGCCUCUUCCCCCUCCGCCCUCCUUCCACAAAAAUAACCCCAUGCAAUUGCAACACCAUUCCCUUCUUUCAUACGUGUAUAUAAAUAAAACACUUAGUUGGGUCUCAAAUAUUAGAAAAGUAACCCAAACAAACGUUAAUGGGCUCCUAAGCUCCUUUGUUUUUCUUCAAAACCUCUAAAAGAUUAGCCAACCUACUAGAACUCUUAAAGAGAGUGGCAGCAGCACACAAUCCUCGUCUUUUUACAUCCCAUCUCUCUCUCUCUCUCUCCAUUUUUUUUUUCUAUCGUUUCUACCUUGCAUUAAAACCUUUUUUUCUUUCCUGCUCUCGGAGAAUAUAAAUUCAAAACAAACCAGAAGAUGGGUAGGAUUCCAUGUUGUGAGAAGGACAAUGUCAAAAGGGGACAGUGGACACCGGAAGAAGACAACAAGCUCUCUUCCUACAUUGCCCAACACGGCACUCGUAACUGGCGUCUCAUCCCCAAGAAUGCUGGUCUUCAAAGAUGCGGGAAGAGCUGCAGACUAAGGUGGACUAAUUAUCUUCGUCCUGAUCUAAAGCAUGGCCAAUUCACCGAUGCAGAAGAGCAAACCAUAGUGAAGCUUCAUUCCGUUGUUGGCAACCGAUGGUCCCUAAUCGCAGCUCAGCUGGCUGGCCGCACAGACAACGAUGUAAAAAAUCACUGGAACACCAAGCUCAAAAAGAAACUUUCGGGCAUGGGUAUUGAUCCCGUCACCCACAAGCCCUUUUCCCACCUCAUGGCUGAAAUUGCCACCACACUGGCACCCCCUCAGGUGGCUCACCUUGCAGAAGCAGCCCUUGGCUGCUUUAAAGACGAAAUGCUCCACCUCCUUACCAAGAACCGCAUUGACUUCCAGAUCCAACCUCAUCCCCCCAGUACUAGUACUACUACUGCAGCGCCACAUGCAUCUGCUUAUAAUAUUAAUAUCAACGGUAAGCAUGAUGAAAAAGAAGACACCAUCGAGAAGAUCAAGCUCGGUAUAUCAAGGGCUAUACAAGAACGUCCUCAUGACAAUAUGCUACCAUCAAACAAGCCAUGGGACUCUUCAACUGCAAAUUUUGCAGGGGCCUGCAGUACUACUGCUUUCCCUGCUUCUAUCUCUGGAGGAUAUCAUCAUCAGUAUGGCCCACCAUCAUCUUUUGCAAAUGAUGGGAACCGAUCGCCAUGGAGCCAGAUCAGUAUCUGUACAGGAAGCACGUGCAAUGCAGGGGACCAGCAUGUUCGGUUGCAUGAAAAACUAGAGGGAGGAAUUAUUAAUGGAGGAGAGGAUUCUGAGGGGGGAAAAGAAAUCAGAAAUGGAACCAGCAGUAUGUUCGCUUCAGAUUGUGUCUUGUGGGAUUUACCAUCCGAUCAUGACCUAAUGAAAUAUCCAAUCGUUUAACAAAGUGUGUACGCACGAUGCAACAGACGAGGCAGAAGAAGGCUGCAGGAACUAAUCCUGGCCUACUUCAAUAUUGGUUAUGGCAAAGAAUAAUAUAUAAAGAAAAAAUAAAAAAAUAAAAUGUAAAUUAAUAAAGCUCAUUCCAUAAAAUUAGCCUUUUUUCUGUUACUAGGAAUACCAUGUUGAUUAAGCAAAAUAUGAUGACGAUCGAAGAGGAUACAUCAGAAUAAUUUCAGAUCAAUAUUGGUUUUCUUGGAGGAGUAAUAUUUCUAUUUUGUAUUUCUAUGCAGCUACGUAUGCCAAACAGGCCGUGUGUGUAUCAUAUAGAUCUGCACGUACGGUUUUACCGGACCUCA